AUGAUUUCAACAAUCGAUACAACAACAAUUCAAGCCACAACUACAGCACCAAACUCGCUAGUCAUGAAUCCUACGUCAAUGUUGGUAGAGAUGAAAAACUUCAUUCCUUCUUCAUAUACUUUCGAAACAAAAAUCCAGAAGAUAAAGCAAGAACUGUUAACAAGUAAUUUAGACUGUACCGCACAGGAUGAAGAAAAUGAAGAAUAUCUUUAUGACAUGCAGGACCUCAUCGACCAUUUACCUAAACUACCUGAAAUUCAACAACAAAAACUAACCAUUCCCGAAUUUGACGAAAUUGAAGUCAAAGCAACUGACUCAGUAGAAAUAAAGAAGUUCAUACGAAAGGUAAACUAUGAGUUUCCAGGAUAUCAUUGCAACCAUAAAGUUAUGGACAAAGAUUGCGACAUGGUUUAUAAAAAUAUUUCUGACCUUUACAAAUCCGAAGAAUUUAAGACAUACGACAACUUUGUUUCAUUAAUUGCAGAAUGUGUAUGGCAGAUAAGAGAUAAAGAUAGAAGAGGUAAAGUAUGGAAUGAACAGAUAAAACCAGCAGCUUUUGAGUUAAAGAAAACCAUUGACGCCUUAGUUGUUCUAGCUGGUUUUAUUUCAAUGUAUAACGCAAAAACGAUGCCGCAAUGUUCAAAAUGUAAAGCAGCAAUGAGGAAAUAUAACUACUCA